GUGCAAGAAGGGAUAAAAGUACAUGCCUUGGGCAGGAUCAGGAUCAUAUCACAUCUUAGCAUCUCAGUUGACGCCCCAUGUUUGUGUUAAGGUGAUACCAUCAUAAUUUCCUUCCGUCCUGUUUUUAUUUCCCCUCCUAGGUUCGAGCCAUGUCUAAACAGACCAAAUACAUCCUCCUUUCCCUCCCAAGCUCCAUCGUACCAUCCCACCAUCGCGACGAUGCCCUCGAGGCCAUUACAAAAACAAUCUCUCCAGAUAACGGGACAGUGAUUCCUUUUCCAAUUCCGGAAUUCAAAAUCGGCACCCUAGAUGCGCUGGUGCAACAGGCGGAUGAGUUGUCAAGAGUCGAGGCGGCCUGUAGAGCUGUCGUGGGGAAAGUUGGAGAUGCGCUGAGGAGCGUGCUCGAAGGCGACGAGGAGCAAAUAGCGCGGAUGCGGACGGUUAAUGAUAAGCCCGUGGAUCAGUACUUGCGGACUUUCUCGUGGAACAAGGUCAAGUACCGCGCUGAUAAACCAUUGUCCGAGCUCAUCGAUUUGUUGCAAAAGGAAACUGCGAGCAUUGAUAGCGAUGUAAGGGCCAAGUUUACGCAGUAUAAUCAAGUCAAGUCGAGCCUAGCUACACUACAACGAAAACAAACAGGAAAUCUAGCCACCAGAUCGCUCACAGGGGUGGUAGACCCGCGCCAACUCGUUCAGAAUUCCGAAUACCUAGAAACACAUCUUGUGGCUGUCCCCUUACGGGACACCAAGGAUUUUCUUCGCUCCUAUGAAACGUUAUCACCCAUGGUUGUACCUCGGUCAGCCUCACGCGUUGCAGCAGAUAAUGAGUUCACUCUAUACGGUGUGACAACGUUUAAGAAGCAUAGUCUCGAAUUCAUUCACAGAUGCCGCGAACAUAAAUGGACACCCAGAGAGUAUAAAUACGUUGAAGGCGGGGAAGAGGAGGAGCGAAGGCAAGUUGAACAAGUCGGUGCCGACUCCAAGAGAUUGUGGGGAGAGGUGUUGCGGCUCGGGAGAACGGCGUGGAGCGAAGUCGUUAUGGCCUGGAUGCACGUCCUCGUCCUCAGGGUAUUUGUUGAAACGGUUUUGAGAUAUGGGUUGCCCCUGGAUUUUGUUUCCGCACUGAUCAAGACGACUGCAAAGAAUGCGCGAAAAGCAAAGGGUCUUCUAGACGACUCAUAUUCCUACCUAGGCGGAAACGCUUUUAUCCGUGACAAAAAGGGCCGCGUCCGAAAGGAUGAUUCGGAUAUGCAGCAUCUGGCUGGCGGUGAAGGCGGCGCCGAGUAUACUGCCUAUGUGUAUUAUGAGUUUGAGAUUGAGUAG